GAACUAUCCCCAACCACUCCCAUCUCGGUCUCUGCAGUUCCAGCCGCUUGUUGAGAAUUUUGCUGGGCGACCAUGGAGGAGAGGAAGAAGAUGAUGAAGCCUCUGCCCUUCCUCCUCCUCUGCCUCCUCUGCCUCCAACCCACGGGCGGCUCGCCGGACCCGACCCCGACCCCAUGGCCGCCGCAAUUCCACGCGAAGCUCCUGAUGACCCACCGCGGCAACCUCUCGCUCGCCGACCUGUGGUACGACUGGCCGGGGGGCCGCAACCUGCACGUCAUCCGCUACCAGCUCGCCGCCGAUUCCGAGUCCCCCUACUACGACGCCGAGUGGAACAACGGCACCUCCUUCUUCUACACCCCGGCCCGCCGCGCCUGCCGCUCGGCGCAGGUCGGCGUCGGCAUCCUCCGCCCUGACUGGCUCUCCUCCCCCGCCGGCGAUGCCGCCUACCUCGGCCGCUUCCCCGACGUCGACGGCGGGUUCGACUGCCAUGUCUGGUCCAAGGCUGACUUCAUCACCUACUACGAGGAGGUCGGCACCCGGCGCCCCGUCAAGUGGGUCUUCUACACAGGGAGGACAGCGCACGUCAUGAGCUUCGAGGCGGGGGCAGUGCUGGAAGAUGCAGAAUGGCAGGCGCCCGAAUACUGUUUCGCCGAGGACGCUGGAACGACGAAGAACACACUCGUCUCUGAACCUGAUCAUCGGUACCAAGAGAGCUUUACCCCCCUGAUCAGAAUGCUGAGAGGUUAGCAGUGCUACUAGUACAUAUGGCUGUUGAUGAGAACGCGGCAGUCCCUUGGUGUUUGAGUGGUUGUAUAUGCUCCUGUCCUGUAUUGCCAAUGCUUUGGGAGGACAUGGAUCUACAUUGCAUGAUCAACCUGUCUUCAUUCUGUGGCGCACUGCGUUGUCUGACCCAGUAAGUGAAACGGUGUGCACCA